GCAGCAGGGGGGCGUGUCCGCGGCGCUGGGUGCGCUUCCGUCAACAUCUCUGCGCAAAAGAGACAAGAAGCGUAAACAGAAACAGAUGAAACAACAAACGAGUCGCUGAAGGUGUUUAGGCAGCGACCCUCUCGGCUCAGAGUCCUCCCCCUGCCUCGAUGCCUUUCUUGGGAAAGGACUGGAGGUCACCGGGAUGGAGCUGGACAAAGACAGAGCACGGCUGGAAGAGGAUUUUCCUUUAUGGACACGAGUUGGAAGACAACAGAGAAAUCGACAUAAAAGGGCUCUGCAAUGACAACAAUGAGCAUCUGUUGGUCGGAGAUGUGUGUGAGCUCGCCACCAAAAAGAGGAAAAAGGACCUCUACAACAAUAACACCAAAUCUCAGUGUGCUCAUCAUAUUAUGUCACCCUUAAUUCUACACCAAAACAUUUCAACAGAUGAAUUAGGUGUUUGUUUGAUUUUUCCCUGGCCAGUUGUCUUUGUGGAUAAGUGGAUCUACGUGCAGAACAGAAGCACCAAAGAACGGCAUGUAUACUCAACGCUCGGCGAAGCCCUGAACCGUCUAGACUUCUCCAGCGCCAUUCAGGACUUGAGAAGAUUCAACUAUGUUGCAAAACUUUUCCAGCUAAUAGCCAGGUCCCAGCUGACGUCUUUGAGUGGAGCUGCACAGAAAAACUAUUUCAAUAUACUGGAGCAGAUUGUCCGAAAGGUUCUAGACGACCACUACAACCCGCGCCUCGUCAAGGAUUUGCUGCAGGACCUGAGCUUGACGCUGCACAAUCUGACUAUCCACGUCGGCAGGUGUGUCCUCGUGGGAAACGUCAACAUCUGGUUGUGCCGACUGGAGACCAUUCACAAAUGGAAGCAGCAGGUCAACAACCUGCAGAUCCCCAAGCAAAUGUGCGGUGGCAUGACUUUCAACGACUUGCCGCUGCACAUGCAGAACAAGAUCCUCAGCGAGUUAUCUGAUGCCUAUGACAUCAUUAACGUGGGCCAGGCCAUGCCUGCUGUGCACUGCCUCAGUGAGGACUGGAUACUGUGGAAGAAACUCUGCCACUUUCACUUCUCAGACAAACAGUUCUGUAGGAAUUUGGUCCUUUCCAACAGCAAUAAAGUGGACUGGAAGCUGAUGUACUUCACCCUGAAGAAACAUUAUCCAAUGAAAGAGCAAUACGGCGACACCUUGCACUUCUGCAAAAACUGUAACAUCCUCUUCUGGAAGGAUCGCCCACUGGCCUUGUUAUUCAAGGACUGCGGUCAUCCAUGCACUGCCAGCGAUCCAGACAGCUGCCUGGUGCCCAUUUCCCCGCAGCACUUUAUCGACCUCUUCAAGCUCUAAACGCUGCACGGCGGCCAUUAAGCGAACCAAACCAAGAGUGUGAGCGAGGCGUCACGGUCAUUAUGUAUAAAUAUAAAGGGCUUCAACUGAAAGAGAGGACAUUCGUUUAAUGUCUGCAUUUCCUCACGCACAAGUGUUUCCAUAAGACAAAGGAAGGUGGGAAGAUUUGAAGAAUGUUGCUAAUGGUUUGAAUAUAAAGAACUUUCAUGUUUUUCCUCCACCUGCACAAACCAUUGUCUUUUUGACAAAAAUGGAUAAUGAGGGUAAAAGAAAAAAUAAUAUAUAAAUGUAAUAUUGGAAAGGAUUUAUAUGUACAAGGAAUUGUAGCAUGUUUGUGGUAGGUAAGUGUUGAUAGGUCAUGUCUAAGAGGUUGUUGCUUUUUAAUGGAAACGGGUGAAUAUUAACCGUAUGACGUGUCUAAUGUUCAAUUAAUGGGAUUAACUAUUCUGAUUUUGUUCUGUUUGGUUUUGGUGGUAUUUAAAUAAUAUGGUGGUGUAAGUGAAUGCUGUUUACAUGCUUCAUGUUGUUCUUUGUGAAUUCUUGAUGUGCUCUGUGUUCAUUAAGAGAACAUAAUGAACUCUGUAGGUUUUUACUGUCUAGUUCAGGCAGAGAAACAUGGUACAUUAUUUAUGGGGGAAAAAUAUUUUUGUAUCUUUCCUUCAACUUUUGUAAUAAUCCUUUGGCGUCCCAAACCUUGUGCUGGAAACAUCAUUUCACUUUUAUGGGACAUGAACUAGCUAAAAAUAAUUAAACAUUUGAAAAAAACUU